AUGGAAGCCCUCGCGGCUGUAGGAUUCGCCUCCAAUGUAUUGCAAUUCGUCGAACUCGCCGCUAAGCUCGUCCGGAAGUCUAGAGAGCUCCAGCAGGAUGCAAUCUCGUCUGACCACAAGGACUACGCUGUGAUCGCGACAAGCCUCAAAGAGAAAAAGACUCUCCAAAUAGUCGACGGCUGCUGUAAUCUCGCGGGCGAGCUUCUAAAGCGGCUAGAGGACUUGGGCCUUCUAUCUCCCCCGGGAAAUAAGAGUCGUAUCCGCCGUGGUAAGACCGCAUUAAAAUAUGUGUGGAAUAAGCGGGAGAUCGACGAGAUCGCCGAUAGGUUACAGAAGUUUGCGAGCCUCCUUUCUCUACACUUAACGGACCAGAUCAAGCAGACACAGUGUGAGCAGCGUACAUGGCAACCGAGCAAAAAUCAGGUCCAAACCGUCCUGGACAAAGUGAACGGUAUCUCCCCCUUGAUCGAGAAUCUCAAAGGGGACACUGAUGCCAAGCUCGACGAGGUUGGCAGUUCAAUCGCCGACUUAAAAACGCAGAACUCGCGAUUCCAUACCCAAAUGUCACAGCAAAAUUCGGUGGCCUGGCAGGGGGUGAACAGUAAGAUCGGGGCCUUGGAGGGUUCGAUUGGGACUAUGAUGCAGAAGCACUCGGAUAUUGUCGAGUCCCUUGCCACCAUUCAGAUACAAGGUUCCCAAUUUCGUGCCUGGGCAACCCAGGCGCUUCCACAAGCCAAUAAUAGCCAGGCCUUUCUCCCCUUUCGUAACGUGUUGGGAACAAUACUAGAUGAAUACCAGGAUAAAUUACUCGAAGGGGCCCAGGCCCCCAAGGUCUUGAGCAAGAUGCAAACUGAAGCGGAAACGGAGGGCGACUCGGAUACCAAAUUAAACUAUGAUACGUCAUACCCCUAUUUCGAACCACGAGGCUGUCGACGACAAGAAGGUCACAACACCGUUAUGACCUUCAGAAAAACAUGGUCAAUAGUUACGCGACUAGGGAUAUUCUCGCUUACAAUUCGAGAUAAAUCCAAAUUCGAUCCUGUUAGGCCUCUAGUCAGGGUGCGUGAGCUGGAGGUUCACUUCGUCCCGUCCCUGGGCUGGUUCCCCAGAGGGUAUUCAGUCUCAUACCGCAGGACAACCGAUGGCCGAGGAAGCCCGCAGUUCGGGUUACAGCUCAAAACAUAUCGUGUACUUCACAGCGACCACGAUAUAUGGGAAGCCUUCAGAACCUGGGAUUUGGACUUAAUUCGCGAAAUGCUUCGCCAGAAAAUUGUCUUCCCAACGGACCAUGACAUAUCCGGGCGGACCUUACUUCAUACUGCUAUACUCUAUGGCAACCUUGACGCCGUAAAAGCAUUAGUUCAAAGUGGCGCCGAUACCAACGACAUUUCCGUAUUUGGAGAACAACCCAUAUGUCUCGCGAUCGCACCCCUCCAGUUCUGCGGAAAUAAACUAGGCCCUCAAAUAUUUUACUAUCUCCGAAGCCUUUCUAAUACCAAUAGGGAGGAUUUGUGGCUAAACGAUAGCUUUGGUUUACGAAUAACGGUAGAAUUGAUAAAGGGCAAAUCGACUUAUACGGCAUGGGAGCUUUCCGACUGGGUGCGAACCUGCGGAGCUGAGGGUAUCAACCUUGAUGAGAGUAUCGACCUUGACGAGAGUAUCGACACUUCUUCCGUGAGGGCAGUAGGGGGUUUACAGACAUUGAUUUUUCUCAUUCUCUGGAGUUCCAGGCUCUACAAACGUGUUUUCGCGUCCCAGGGGGUGUUCGACUGCAUAGUGGACCAGAUAAUCGGCAGCUGUAUAUUAGAAGCUUCUGCUUCCAUUCCCGUGGCCCUCUCGGCUGUUCUGCUCCUUCACGAAAUAUCGGCCGCCUUGCACCGGAGGAACAUGCCCGACAGCACGAUAUGGCUGCCGCCGGUGCAACGGCCGCGUAACCGGAUGACGAUGCCGUACCGCCGCUGGCGCGUCGCCCCGAAACUACGUGGGACUUUGAGUUUCCUAGAGCACGUGGUGGCGCGGGGUGUGAAGCAGCGGCCCGAGGGCAUCUUCGACGCCGUGGAGGGGAAGACUGUCUCGGCUUGGGCGCGGGAAAUGGGUCUGACGGACCUCUGGGCCGACAUGCUGGCGGACCACGGCUUUGACCCGGAGUGGGUUGCGGCCGAGGACGCGCGAAGGCAGCGCGUCGUUGUGGCGCAAACUUCAGCGCACGAGGUUAGCGUGGAGGCGGACGUGACGAAGGCGCUGGAGGUGAAGCCUCGAAAGGGGUUUGUUAACACCGAUGGUUGA